GCAAACCAUAUAAUAUAAAUAUGAAAAGGUACUAACAUUCAAUCCAGUCCCAUAACCCUAAUUUGAGGACACAAUCUGCACCAAGGCUUUAGGGUUACGGAGGAACUGACGAAGAUGAAGAACCAAAAACGAAAGGGUAGUGUUGCGGCAGAGAGUGAUGAAGUUGUUGAAGAUUUGGGGCGUGUGAUCCACGAGCAUACCCUUUUCUUUGACAAGUUGAUUGAGUUGAUUCCCGCCAAGUUUUAUCUGCCUACUGAUGAUAAGGAGAAGCCAUGGUUUCAGGGUCUCAGCAAGGCCUCAAAGGCUGAGGCGAAGAAAGAGACUAAGGAGAAUAUCAAGAAGUCUCGAAGGGACCGUUUGGAUCCCGACAAAUCCUCUGCGACUACCCUUGACCUUCUCAAGGAAAGUUUGGGAAAAGAAAAGGUGGAUGACAGUGAUGGAGUGCAGGUGGCAGCAGUGGCUAAACCUCUUGUGUCUGGAUUGGGAGGAGAUGAUCGGUCUGUGACUUAUGAAGAGCUUCGGCAAAGGCUUCAUCGCAAACUUGAAGAGUUUCGGGCAGGUCGUAACCUUGGGAACGCGGAGAAGAAGAGGGAAGAAAGGAACGCUAAGAGAGGAUAUAAGGACAAUAAACGUAAGAGGGAUGAUGAAACUGAGAAGGGUGACAAUGUGAGUGGUGAGUUGGCGGAGAGAGUGAAGAAAGAUGCUGCAGAGGCUUCCAAGGAGCUUGUGUUUGGCCAUGUCAAACUUCAGAAUGAAGAAAUGCUAGGAAAGAAGAAGAGGAAACUUUCAAAGCAUAAGGAACUUGAAAGGGCUAAGAAGUUGGAGGAAGUGAAAAAGAAUGAUCCUGAGAAGGCUGAAGUAUUUGCCAAGAAGCAAUCGUGGAAAGCAGCAAUGGAUAGAGCAUCAGGGGUUAAGGUUCACGAUGAUCCCAAACUGCUAAAGAAAAGCAUUAAUAAGGAGAAGAAGAAGCAGCAGAAGAAUUCAGAGAAAUGGAAAGAUAGAAUUCAAACAAGGGACCAAUUGAAGGCGGAGAAACAGAAGAAAAGGUCGGAGAAUAUAUCUGCCAGGAUUCAUGAGAAGAAAAUGCGAAAGAUUGCCAAAAGAGAGAAAAAGCUUAUGCGACCAGGUUUCGAAGGUCGCAAAGAAGGUUUUAUGAAUGAGGGUGGUGUCACCUAACAUGAUUUUGAAGUUUAUUGAUUUGUACCUUUUCUUUACAUUGUUAUGACAAUUCAAGGACUGGAAAAAGGUUUACCUGUAUGCUUGAUCACAUUUCUUGAAAUGAAACCUAUUUUAUUUUCUAUUA